AACUGUCAUCCCAAAUAAAUGAAGCACCCAAAAUGUGCCACAUUACGAAAUGUAGCAUACUAAAGCUGCAUAAGGACAUAGCUAUUCUUCUGAAAUGUAACUUUCUUUGACAUUUCAUGUGAAAUUAAGAUAUCUUCUAAACGAACAAGCUAUGCACAUGGGGUGUAGGAUAUUAUGGACCGUGGAUGUGGGUUACUAUCUACUCGUAUAAAGCCUUUUCAGCCCGCUCUUUUCUUGCAGUGUCAUUCAGAAGAUAACACCUCUACAGUUGUUCUUCAUUCAACAGAAUGACCUCCAACAGCAAGCAACACGUCUAAACAUUGAAGAUAUCUGAAGACACUAAGCUAACCUGUGAUCACCUACCCCAAGAGGUUAGACUGAAGAAGCGGGCAUGACCUCUGCCCUCCAGUCCCAUCAUGGUGCUGAAGAUAUUCUUCCCUCAGUGCUGUAACAAGGCAGACAGUGGGCUGCUUGUGGGGCGAUGGAUCCCAGGACAGAACUUAGCAGUGGUGCUAGCUGUUAUCCACUACCCCUUCAUCCCUGGACAGGUCAAACAGUACAUCCACCAGAUGCGUGGCCAGAGUGGGGUGGAUCUGACGGUGCUGGGCUCGUGGAGCAUGCCCAAGGAGGGCCAGGAGGGCAUGGAGAGUUUCCUCAGGGACCUCAGCACCAUCUUCCCCCAGGGACAGUGGCUCCAGCUCAGUAGAGAGAUGGGCAAGAUAGGCUUCAGGUGUCACGUCCUCACAAGGGACCAGAAUGGGAAGCUGGUACAACAGGAAAAGGAGCUGAAUGAGGGUGAUGGAGAGGAAGAGAAAGAAGGAGGAGGAGAGAGAGGAGAGAAAGGAGGGGGAGAGAAAGGAGGGGGAGAGAAAGGAGGGGGAGUGAAAGGAGGAGGAGAGAAAGGAGGAGGAGAGAAAGGAGGGGGAGAGAAGGACAAGGUGAUCUUUAUCCACUAUGAACAGAGGAAGGUAAUGCUGUCUCAGCUGCACCCCAUAGAGAACGGGGUUCCAGACCCUCAAACUGAGUCACAACUACCACAGGUGUUUGGGACAGUGUGUCAGAGUGAGCCUCUGUUCUUCCUGGAUAAGUAUGAUGACAGUCCAGUGAAGCUGACCCACUGGCAAUCAGAGGGACGGGAGGGCUCCAUUAUAGUAGAACUGAUGAAACAGGCCUCUACACCUGUCUGUCUGCUAACCACCUGGAUACUAACACUAUGGACCAGCCUCUGUAGUAGCAGGAUAUUGAAUAUGCGUCCGAUGAGUUUCAUCGCCAGUAAGUUGUCUACGUGUGUUCAGCUGAGCUACAGAACAGAACACCUUCAGACAGUCAGCUCUCCUACCAGAGCCAGCACACACACACACUUAAUGAGGAAAGCCAAUAUCUUUGUGUCGUUCUUUGUGGAUGUGUCUCUGGGCCUGCUGUUGAUAUCAUGGCUGUAUAGAGAGAACCGUAUAGGCAAACUGGCCAACACACUGGUACCUGCUGCUGAUCGUGUAGCUAAAGAGCUGGAGGAGCUGUUGCAGUGGCUGAUGGGAGCUCCAGCUGGUCUGAAGAUGAACCGGGCUCUAGACCAGGUGUUAGGACGAUUCUUCCUCUACCAUAUACACCUGUGGAUCAGCUACAUUCACCUGAUGUCUCCGUUCAUUGAGAUGAUUCUGUGGUACGUGGGUCUGUCUGCCUGCCUGGGCUUGACCUUUGCCCUCUCCCUGCUCUCUGACAUCACCGCCCUGCUCACCUUCCACAUCUACUGUUUCUACGUCUACGGAGCCAGACUGUACUGUAUGAAGGUGUAUGGUCUGUCCUCUCUGUGGAGGCUGUUCAGAGGGAAGAAAUGGAACGUCCUCAGACAGAGAGUAGACUCCUGCUCUUAUGACCUGGACCAGUUGUUUAUCGGGACGUUACUGUUCACCAUCCUGCUGUUCCUCCUGCCAACCACAGCUCUAUACUACCUAGUGUUUACUAUGCUCCGCCUUGUGGUAGUAAUGUUCCAGGGAGUUCUCCACCUCAGUGUUGACUUCAUCAACUCCUUCCCUCUGUUUGCCAUGGGCCUCCGAGUCUUCAGAUCCUACAGACUGGCAGAGGGGGUGAAGUUCAGAGUGGUCUGUGAGGAACCAGGAACACCUCUACACCUCAUGAUGGAUAUUAACCCUCUGAAGGUGAGCAGUGUGAUCCAGACCUACAGGACCACCACCUACAGCUGUUACCCUAAGGACUCCUGGCUGGCCCUCUGCAAGAAGCUGUUCCUGGGAGAACUCAUCUACCCCUGGAGACAUAAGACUACCAAGAUAGACUAGGACUAGGGGAGAGAGAUGGGGGGAGAGAGAUGGGGGAGAGACAAGAUCACCAAGGUUGACAAGA